AUCGACACAACAAAAUGUCUUCCCAUAGAAGCAGUUAUAUUUUCACACCUGAAGCGUUUGAUGUACCAUAUAUAUCGCUACCUGAUAGACUGAAGGAAUUGGCGGCAGUACAUCCUGAAAGAGAGGCAAUGAUAUGCUGGUCAACGGACGGACAAAGAAGAUCGAUAACAUAUUCGGAACUUUACACCCGAUCUGAAUUAUUUGCCAAAGGCUUAGCAACAUUUGGAUUUGAGAGAAAUAGCGUUAUUGCUGUGACCAAUACAAACUGUACAGAAUGGCUUAUUUGCACAUUUGGGUCACAAAUGGUAGGACUUAUACCUUUACAUUUCUCAUUGGCUAAUUUCAGUGCUGGAGAUAUUGUCACUCUCUUAAACGGAAUUGGUAGAUGCACUGCAAUAGUAAUGGAGCCAUCAAACAUAGAGGUCUGCAAUGACUUCAUUGACAACUUUAACAAAACGGCUGAAUUCUUGAUAAGCACUAAAGUACCAACAUUACGAAACAUUUUCUUCAUGAAUUCAACCGAUGAAAAGUUUAUGACGACUCAGGAUAUCUGCAACAUCGGAUCAAUGUCAGAGUUCACUUUGCCUCAAAUUUCAGCGGACGACAUAUGUGGCGUUUUUCUAACUUCUGGCAGUACUGGGAUCGCGAAAGCAGUUUCCCAUACACAUUUUAAAAUGAUGCAUGCAGGAUAUAGCUGGGGGAAAAAUCUUGAAAUUCAGCCAGGGGAAAAGUUCUACAACAACAUGCCAUUUAGUUGGCAAGGUAGUUAUCCAUCAGUUUUUCUGGCAAUGAAGGCUACACGUGUCACUGUUACUGACAUAAUGGCUAUGAAAUCUGUGACUGAAAUAACAGACUUUACUGUGCGUGUGUUGAAAGAGGAAAUCUGUACAUCUGCUUUCUUCAUUUCACCAGUUAUAUCUGAAUUGAUAAAAAGAGAAACGCAGAAUCUGGACAUUUUCCCACUGCGGGUUAUUAAUACAGCAGGUCUUCCAGUGGACGCUCAUUGCGCCAAUGUAAUAGGAAAAGUUGCAAAUAAAUUUGGAGUGGUAUACGGAUGUACGGAGAUUGGAUUUAUCUCUGUGUUAUUGGUUGAUAAAACUGAGGACUACGACCAUUAUGCUUGUGGAUACCCGGUUAGUGGAACAGAAAUCAAAGUCGUUAAUGAUGAUGGAGGUAUUGUUCCGAUAGGAAUUACAGGGGAAAUAUGUAUCCGUCAAAGAGACCGUUUCCUCGGUUAUUUGAAUGCUAGGGAGAAAAAUGACUUUUGCUGUGAACCGACUGGUUGGUACAAAUCAGAUGAUAUCGGAUUCAUAAAGCAGGAUCGUAGUCUUGUUGUUACUGGCAGGAAAUCAGACAUUAUGAUACUUGGAGGCGUAUUGGUGUCACCUUCCUUUCUUGAAGGUAUACUGAAAAAACACCUUUGUGUAGCUAAUGCAUAUAUCUAUCCUGUACGUGACACUCAAAUGUUUCAGAAAGCAUGUGCCGCGAUACUUGUUAGGAAGGGCAAAACUGUGAGAGAAGAUGAACUAAAGGACUUUUUAAUUAAACAAAAAAGGACAUACUCGGACAGUUUUUUGGGCAAUCGGUUUAUUCCUGAAAUAUUCUUGUUUUUCGACACAUUUCCAAGUACUCAUAGCGGAAAAUUAGAUAGAAAACGAUUAAGGGAAGAAAUUCAAAGACGGAUGUCUGCUCCUUGAUUGAAAUGUUAAAUAUAUAUAUCAUGGAAUAUUUUAUCUUAAUCAGAUACGUGAUACUAAAAUAUAAUUAUGACUAAGCUAUUUUUUAUACGUAAACAAAAAGGUAUGUCAGCUACUACACAGAUAAGGAUAGGAAACAAUUUGAAUUGAAAUUAGACUUAUGUAAAAAAAAUGUUUCCAUCUUAUAUUCAAUAUUGAUUAAAUAUUGAAUCCUG